AUGGAUCCACAGCAUCUUCAGCAGCUGCCUGGUGCUGCAGCAUGCCUACUGGAGGCUCAGAUGGUCUGCUUCCAAGAAGUAGUUGAUGAGCAGAUUGAGGAGCAAGAGUCCAUGGAGCAAGCUAUGGAUGUUGACAAUCGUCUGGAUGCUGACUCUCAUUAUCUGCGAGAGCCCGAUCCUGUUCACAAGAAACAGAAGCUAUCUGCUAGCAAGGAGAAUCUCGUUGAGAAUCUGAAAAAGGCUUCUGCUCAUGUUAUUGUGGAAAACAUGCAGAACGAGUACCAAAGAAAUUGGACACAGUUCACCGAGUUCUGUGCUGAACUUGGGUAUGUUGAGGAGCCCGAAGAUGUUGACAAUCUGUACCCGAACAUUCCGAGUGAUUUUCCAACGUGGAUUGCUAUCUGGAUCAUGAAUAAGGCAGACGAGUUGGAUGUGCGCACUGGAAAACCGAAGGACCCGUCCAUUGCCCAUGUUACCUAUGGAACUGCUCAGAAGAUGCGUGCUGCCAUCAGUCAUAAGUUCGGAUGCCAUUAUGGGCUGGGUACUCAGCAGUGGAUUGAGAAUCCACUCAAGCUGGGAGAGUACAUUGGGAAUCCAUCGCUGUUUGUGACCGUCUCGCAGUACAUGGUCAGUCUGCGACGGCGUAAGAUUCGUGGAGGGGAGAUUGUGACGAGCGCACGUGCUAUUGACCAAGAGAUGAUGAGGAUGCUGUGGGCCUUCAAUAUUGAGUUCCCACAAGAGCAGUAUGCACCUGUGAGCCGAAAAUGA